CUUCUCACGCAACAGUAAACACACGCUCCUCCUCCUUCCUUCUUUUUUCUAAUUCAGCCUUACAUUCGCUCCCCCUUCUCACGCAGCUAACUAUUGCUUCUCACGCAAGUUAGAUUUUUGGAUGAAGCUUUCGUUCCACGUAUAUUACUUCCAUACUCUGACGUGUCACAUGGAUCUUAGGCGCCAAUCAUAACUUAAUGUGAUGAGUACUCUCUGCUCCCCCCUCCCCUUUCGCUAACUUAAAUAACGAAAAAUCACAACGCUCAAAUGUGCAAGACACAAGAGAAACAGAAAUACGUAAGGGAUGCAGGGUGAAGGAUUGGAUAAAGGAGGGAGGGAGAUGCUGGUGGAGGGUGAGGGUGGAGUGUUUUUGGUCCCCUCUGUAACUGACAAGUGGAGGGAAAUCCAAGAAUUCCAGGCUAGAUCUGAUGACAUUCUCAUCGCCACCUACCCUAAAUCAGGGACAACAUGGGUGAUAGAGAUGGUGGAUGGGAUAAUGAAAGGAGGCGACACAUCGCUAUGCCUACAGAAACCCUCUGUGGCCAGAGCUCCAUUCUUGGAGCUUAACCCCCCCAAACCUUUCCCCUCAGGAUUGGAAAUGUUGCAGUCUCUGCCCUCUCCUCGUCUGGUCAAGACUCAUUUACCCUUUCACCUCCUUCCCCCCUCAUUCCUGGAGCAGAACUGUAAAAUGGUAUAUGUAGCUCGCAAUGCCAAGGACACUAUGGUGAGCUACUACCAUUUCCACCGCAUGAACAAAAGGCUACCAGAGCCUGGGCAAUGGGAACAAUUCUUUGAGAAUUUCCUCACUGGAAAAGUGGCCUGGGGCUCAUGGUUUGAUCAUGUGACUGGCUGGUGGAAGGAGAAGGAGAAUUGCCGGAUGCUCUACCUCUUCUAUGAGGACAUGAAAGAAAACCCUGCCAGAGAGAUAAGUAAACUUGCUAAAUUCCUUGGCAAGGAGAUUGACCAGGCUGGGAUUGACAGACUGGUUGACCAUACGUCUUUCCAAAAUAUGCAACACAACCCCAUGGCUAAUCAUAGCACACUUCCUGCAAACAUAUUUGACCAAGCAGUAUCACCCUUCAUGAGAAAAGGAGAGGUUGGGGACUGGAAGAAUAUCUUCACUGUGGCCCAGAAUGAGAGAUUUGAAGAGGAGUAUAAUCAGUGGAUGUCCAGACUGUCCCCACGUUUUCGCACUGAACUUUGAAAUAAUAUGACGCGUACAUUCUCCAUGUUAUGAUUUGCACCUGUCAGCCUUGUGAAGAACCGAUUCAGAAAAUCUGUUCAAAAUGUAUAAAACUAGAAAUAAAUUUAGUGUAUAAUGAAUGAGAGAACUUUAUUCCAGUGGCCAGGCAACUCAUAAACAAGCACUAAUGACAGAAGUCCAGUAAUUGUUUGUAUCCAUAUGCUGCUGCAUGAUAAAAGUUUAAUAAUGCUGGCAUGUCUAUGUCUUUGUCUAUGUCGCUCUUUCUGUGCCUGUGUUCUUUAAGCUGCUAUUACUGAGCCCUGAACCAAUGCAGCAAAACCUAACCCAAAGUGUAUAUUAUCCUUGCCUAUGAAUGAGACAAAUAGAUAAUGUAUUAUGCACAUAUAUUUCUUUUUUAAAUCUGCCUUUAGCUCUGCUGCUUUGUUCACAGAAUAAAAAGUCA